AUGAUGGAGGUGAUGCUGGUGAUGCUAUUGAUGGCAAUGAUGGUGGUGGUGGUGGUGGUGGUGGUAAUGAGGAUGAAAGUGAAGGUGAAGACCUUGGACCUGGAGUUCAAGGUCUUGAGUGUGGGGUUAAUGAAGAGGGCAGAUGAGCCCUGUGGCUGUCAGCUGAGAACCCCCUGCAGGCCAGUUCUGGGGCUGGAGUUCAGAACACAGGAGCACCAGGACCUGUACCGCUACUACAGCAACCUGGCUCUGCUCCAGGCCAUUGAGGACCCCAUGGCUGCUGCCACUGCCUGGCGGGGACUGGCCUACACCAGCGAAGCCAGUGUCACCACGCCCAGAGCCCCAGCUGCCCAGGUUGCAGAGGAGCAGAACUUCCCAAGGCUGCUACAUUCAGUUCUGGAGAACAUGCCUUCUGAGGAUGGACACAGGGAGUUCCAGUUUAAAGGGGGAGACAGAAAUAGCGUAUUGAGGGAGGCCCCAAAUGGCCCUGAGACAAACAUUUCUGUGCACCCACCCUCAAACCCAUCCAGCUCCCACCACAACCAUGAGAGAGUUGGCUCUGAACCAGGACUCUGGCAGCUUCAGGCCCAGGUCGCCAAGAGCCCAGAGGACCCCCAAAACACCACCCAGACUAUGGAAGCUGUCAUCAGCCACCUGUCUCCUUCUAAUAAGGAGAUUAUCACAGUCACUCUACAUGGAGCCACCAACCUCCCUGACUGCAAAGAUGGCUCUGAGCCGUGGCCCUAUGUGGUAGUGAAAACCACAUCUGAGGAAGCAAAGAACCAGAACUCCAAGGCAGUCACAUCUGUGACCUUGGAGCCUACCAAAGCCCCCAUCUGGGGGGACACAGUCACAGUGGAGAUCCAAGCUGAGGAUGUGGGGCGAGAAGAUGUGAUCCUUAAGGUGAUGGAUAACAAAAAAAAUGAGGAGCUGUUGACCUAUCAAAUCCCCAUCAAGUACUUGCGUGUCUUCCACCCCUACCACUUUGAGCUGGUAAAGCCCACGGAGACUGGGAAAGCUGACGAAGCCACUGCCAAGACCCGACUCUAUGCAACAGUUGUCCGGAAGGGCAGCUUCAUCCCUCGCCAAGUCAACUGUAACCACACAGCUCUGGAGGUCUUUCUUCAGGGAAUCAAUGAGCCCCUAGUCAACAACCCCAGCCCCAUGGUGGUCAUUGCCCGGGUGGUUCCCAACUACACGGAGUUUAAGGUCAGUCAAGCAAACCAGGACCCAGCCUCCCUGGGGUUGCCCAUCACCCCACUCUCCUUCCCUAUUCCAUCCGUGAUAAACUUUGAUGUUCCUCAGGUCAGCCAGAAUGGGUGCCCUCAGUUGUCCAAACCCGGGGGACCCCCAGAGCUGCCUCUGUGGAAUCAGUCCUUCCUCUUCCAAGGCCGAGACGGAGCCACCAACUUCUCAGAAGACACCGCCCUGGUGCUGGAGUACUACUCUUUGCCUUCAAUGAAAGGCAGUGAGUCGUGGACCUUCAGCAAGCCCCUGGGCGUCUCCGUGUUGCCAUUAAAGAGCCGUUUGUACUCCAAGAUGCUGAGAGAGGAAGGCUUGAAUGGGUUGCGAGUAGAGAGGCUACCCAUCACUGACACCAAGCUGAAGACCAUAAAUGGUGAGGCCCCCACGGUGGAUCUCUCCUUUCAGCUGCUUUCCUCUGAGAGACCAGAAAACUUCUUAACACCAAACAACAACAAGGUUCUGCCCAUCUUGGACCCUCAGAUCUUAGAUGAGAAGCUGGGUUCCAUCCAUGAGUCCUGGUCCAAGGCCACAGUGAGCUCCACAAUGAAAUCCAGCACAUCCACCUAUCAGGAAGCAGAAGAAGAGCCUCAGAUGUCCCAUGAAGUGGAGAUAAACAGCUACCGACGGGCCAUACGGACGAUGGCUGAGGACAUCCUGUUGCUGCGGAAACAGGCCAGUGCCCUGGAAGCAGAGAACCGCGUGCUGAGAAGCCACCUGACCCAGGAGGAGACGGAAGAGGAGCAGGGCAAUGCCGACAAGACCCAGAGGCUGGUGUCCAUGAAGCAGAAACUGCUGCUGAGUGAGCUGGACAUGAGGAAACUGAGGGACAAGGUGCAGCAUCUGCAGAAUGAGCUGAUUCGAAAGAAUGAUCGAGAGAAGGAGCUGCUUCUCUUGUACCAGGCUCAGCAGCCACAGGCUGCACCACUGAAGAGGCACCAAGACAGGCUGCAGAAGAUGAGGGCGCUGGAGGACACCGUGCGACACCAGGAGAAGGUGAUUGAGAAGAUGGAGCAGGUUCUGAAGGACAAGCUUCAGGAGAGGAACAAGCCCCUGCCCAACAAGCUGCCGGGAAAGCCCGGGACAGCCUUCCCCAUGCUCUCAGCCUCUGGACUUCCCCAGGAUCCUACAGGAGAGAACCUGCCUGUUGACCUUUACUCAGUGCUGCUGGCAGAAAACUCGAGGCUGCAGGCAGAGCUGGAUAAGAUCCGCCACCAGUCCGCCCCCAUUAUUCUGCAGCAGCAGGCCCUGCCGGAUUUUCUUGCCAACACUUCAGACAAAAUUAACCUCCUGGCCAAGCUGGAACAAGCUCAGAGCCGGAUCCUGUCCCUGGAAAGCCAGUUAGAGGACUCAGCUCGACGCUGGGGACAAGAGAAGCAGGACUUGACCACACGGCUGCAGGAGCAAAAGUACGGCUUGGGUCACCCCUCAAACUCCAACAUCACAGACCUGCCCAACCCCUCAACCCACACCAAGGACUAUAGGCGACCCUCAAAACUGGACCCCUUGAUGCCCAGCUCAGAGACUAAGUUCAUCAAGCCCUCAGACUCCCAGCAGACCUGA